UAAUAGAGACCAAGUCAUCGCCUUCGUGGGAGCCAGAAGUCUCCGAGCAUCAGAGAGAGAGCCGAAGUUUCCGCUCAGUCGGCGUUGAUUCUUCAGGUUGAAGUAAAUCCACGCGGAGCUCAAGAAAUUAUAUAGUCGAAAACCCUAGUUUUGAUUAUUUUUUCUCACAUCGUCUUGAUUUUGGAUCGAAUUGAAUUGCGCUGGAUUUUGGUUGAGAUCUGAGGGCUUCGCUGCGCAGAUGCUGUCCAAGAGCUUUAAAUCGGGGAAAUGCAAGACGUCGUUGAAACUUGGGAUAUCUCGGAUAAAGCUGUUAAAGAACAGAAGGGAUAUCCAAGUGAAACAAUUGAGGCGGGAAUUGGCUCAGCUUCUUGCGACCGGUCAGGAACAGACUGCGAGGAUCCGGGUUGAACAUGUGAUAAGGGAAGAGAAGACCAUGUCGGCAUAUGAUCUUAUUGAGAUAUAUUGUGAACUAAUUGUGGCACGAAUGCCCAUUAUUGAGUCUCAAAAGAGCUGUCCCAUUGAUCUAAAGGAAGCAAUAUCUAGUGUGAUAUUUGCAUCCCCAAGGUGUGCAGAUAUACCAGAACUUAUGGAUGCACGUAAACAGUUUGUGGCGAAGUAUGGGAAAGAGUUUGCCACAUCAGCACUUGAACUUCGACCAGAUUGUGGUGUUAACCGAAUGAUUGUUGAGAAAUUAUCAGCAAAAACACCUGACACAGAGACGAAAACGAAGAUAUUAACUGCAAUUGCUAAAGAGCAUGAUGUCAAAUGGGAUCCAAAGGCAUUUGAUGAGAAACUUCAGAAACCUAAGGAGGACCUCUUGAAUGGUUCCAGCAGUUUUGUUGGUGCCAACAAGACGUCAAUGGAGCCCUUAAAUAUCAAAUUGCCUCCAAAUGUCAGCCAGGCUGAAUCGGCCUCAAAAGUUUAUCAAAGUGAAAUACCAAGCAAACCAACUAGUUUUGACUCCUCCUCACAUUCUAACUUGAGAUCAACCCGUCUUGUACCACCACCUGCUUCGAAUGAUUCCAGGGAAUCAGAUUGGAAAGCCGGGGUGCCGGAAGUAAGGGAUUCAUAUCGAACAGAGGACAUCGCUUCCUUCAAACAUCCAACUUGGAAAAUGGAAUUUAAUGAUGCAGCCUCCGCUGCUCAGGUGGCUGCGGAAUCUGCAGAGAGGGCUAGCAUAGCUGCUAGAGCUGCUGUUGAACUUGCAAGUCGAGGGAACAUUUCCAGACAUAACUCUAACGAGCCAAAUGUAUCAUCUUUGCAUAGUAACAGAGAUGAAACGCCAAAGAGAGCAGUAAGCUCAAAGCUUAAAGACGAACACAAUGAAUCUGUAAAUAUGGAAUAUGAUCAAGUCAAAGGCUUCGAAGGGAUGAAAGAGGACAUGCGUAAGCUUCCCAGAGAUGAUUUGGAAGAAGAAAUUUCAGAUCAUAGCAGAACCUCUGAUGAGGUCAUGGAGUAUAGUUCUCAAAUGGACAAUGUGAGGACAUUUGAUAGUGUUCGGAGAAGUUUUUCUAGGAUGGAAAUGGGAAAUAAAAAGAAGAACGACGAAGGUGCAUUUGUUGAAAAAAAUGCAGAAGUGAACUAUGAUAGAUCAGCUUCUGCUAGUUUUAUGGUACCUACCUUUGACGAUGAAGCCAAUUGGGUUCCAUCCAUUGGCAUGCACGAAUCUGUUAAUCAUGAUAAUCUGACGCAUAACACACCUGAAAUAGAUGCUGGAGAAAGGCUUUUCAGAUAUGACAGUAAGGAAUAUGUUCCCGACGACUAUCCUGCUGCUGUUUUUGAUGAAUAUGAUCCUGAAUCAAUUGAUGCUAAAGAUAACUUGUUCGAUUCAUUUCAUGAAAAACAGAAUGGUCAAUCCCCUAUCUUCGCUCCCAGCAACAGUUCUAUAAAUUCCAAUAUUUUCAGUGGGUCUCGCCAUGAAACUCAUCCUGUUACUGUGGAAAAGGUUCCAUCAUCAAAAUUUGAUUAUUCUGAUGGUCUUUCUUCAGAAAGUGACGAUGACACUAGCAGUUCCCAGCAGAAUCGAACUGCCCAGAAUAGUAAUUUGUUCCAUGAAAAAAGUGGCUUGGGCGGAGACGACUCUCAUCCUCGAGAAGAGUUGCAGCCUUUGAGCUCGACAAAAGCUAAAACACCGUUGGAAGCUGAAGUAAAGAAUCACCUUGAAGUGUCUUCCUCUUCUGUAGGUGUCAAAGAUCCUGAAAUGCCAGAAGAACUUCCAAGUGGAGGCGAAUUCGGUCUGAAUUUUGGAAGAUUAACUGGUGGGCUAAGAAACCGAGGUUACAACCAUCCACCUUAUACAGCAAGCUCUGUGUUCGAUUCUUCUGUGCCUUCAUUAGAGAUCUCAGGCAGUGCUAUCUCCAAUACUACGCACAUUAUUUCUCCAUGGGAGAAGCCCUCCACAAGCUCCCUGAUGGAAGACGACCCAUCAAAUCCAAUAAUGCCAUUAGCUUCCACUAAUCCAAAAUCCGACGAAGCUAAAGGAUCUCUGUCAGAAGAAUACACCAAGAACAAAAUCUUCAACACAGAUAAAUCAUUUGGUGUAAAGCAUUCUGUUUCCAAUCACGAAAAGAGUAGAGGAUAUAGAGGGGGUGAUCCAAACCCAUCAGCGCAGGUUCCCCAAAUUUCUGAAGUUUUAAACGAGAAGAUCUAUAGUGAUAAACCGCGAGCCAAGGCCUACAAGGAACUGAGCUCCCGAAUGUCAAAGACAGACAUCGAUUCUGAUAUUGAUGUCGAAGAGAGAGAUUCAAAGGUUAACACGGAGGGUCAAGGAAAUGCGAGUUCCAGUACAACAUUCAAAUUAUCUCGUCGGACAAAAGAUUUUACGCCGAAGGUUCGAACUAAUCUUCCUAGAUCUACUAAGUAUUCUGAUAUGUCGAACUCUGAAACUGAAAACUUCUCUUCUGGACAGAGCUCUGCAACAGAACCCCUUUCUCAGAUUGUCGAUAAACAGAAUCGAAAUAAGCCAUCAGAUUCUGGUUGCGGGACAAAAUCACAAGAAACUGCUCCACAGAAAGCCUCUCAUGUUCAUCCAAAACUUCCUGAUUAUGAAACCUUUGCUGCUCAUUUUCAAUCAUUAAGGGCAAAUCGACGUUAAACAACAGACAUUUUGGUUCACAUUUGUCUACUAAGCCUCUGUUAUUGGGGAAAUUAUUAGGUGCGGACACCGCACCUACGUCCGGAUGCUUAAGCUCUGCCUACGUUCUGCGUAUUUACUGAGUAUACACUGCCUAUUGCAGUUAAUAAGCAGCAAAUAUUUAGUUGUGAGGAUUUGCUGAUUAUUUGUUGUGUAUCUACAAAUAUGCAGAGUGUAACAUAGUGUAAGCAGAAUAUACGCACAAUAUAAGCAGAGUGUACUUAGAGCGUACGCAGUGCAUCCAAUAAUCCAGACGCAUCUCUAGGUUAAUAAUUUCCCCCGUUAUUGUGCUCUCGAAAUAUCUCACUAAAGUUUAUAUGUACAUAAGCCAUUUUCUUGGUUCAUAAGAUAUGUAUUACAUUUAUUUCGGUUUUUUUUUUGUUCAUUUUGAUACAGUCCUUAAUUAUGCCUUGUGGUUAUGGAGAAUAAUGGAGCAUUCAUGUCGAUGUAAUAAUGAUGUUCAUUGCUUGUAUUAAUAGCUGACAAUUAUAUAGAGCAGAACUGACUGUAGAUGUAUUUUGUCAGUGUAUUGUUUGGGGCUGAUUUAUUCAAUAGAUAGUUAAUUCACUUAA